AUUUAAGUACUUGAUAAUAAUUGAAUGUUGGUUUUAAUAUUUUAUUGUUUAUCUUUAGUAAAAGGACUAUCUCCAUUAGUAUGUGGAGAUGUUAUUGAAGAGAAAGAUUGUUUAGAUGUUAUAAAUGGAAUGUAUUUAAUAAUAAUAUUUAGAUAUUAAUGUAAAUGGACAAAGAAUGGAUGUGUGAAUAUGAAAUGUGAAUUAGCUACACCUCCAUGUGAUGAAUUAAUUUAUUAGAAUAAAGCUUGUUCAACAAGUGGAAGUAAUUGUGUUUCUGUUUCAGAAUGCUCAUAGAUUGAUAACUAAAAGUCUUGCGAGAUUGUAAAAGCAGAUGGUAGAGAUUGUUUUUGGGAUACUAAUUGUAGAAUAAAAUAAUGUUCUGAUUAUGAUUAAACAAAUUGUAAAAUAUCAAAUGGAGAUAAUUGUAUUUUCAAGGAUGGUAUAUGUCAGAAGGUGGAAUUAUGUACUGAUGUAUCUACAAAGGAAUUGUGUUAAAGUAUUGAUUUAAAAGAUUAAUGUGGAUGGAUAGAAAAUAAAUGUGAUGUUUUUGAUUGCAAAAAAUUUACAAAUUCUGAAGAAUGUUUUUCAGCUGGAUUAAACAAUUAAUAUUGUUUUAAUGGUGCAACUGAUAAUACUGUUGUUAAUUGUAUGAGUUGUUAAUCUCUAAAUACUUAAUGUGAUUGUCAAUAGUAUAGUCUCUAUGGUUGUAGAUGGCUAGUUGAAACAUCAACUUGUUAUACUUAAAAGUAAUUAUUUAUUAGAAAAUAGAUGUGAAAACUUUUAAGAUACAAUAGGUUGCGCAUAAGCUUUUGAUGGAUUAACUUGCAUUUGGUAUAAUCCCUUGAAUUCAUGUAAAUCAAUUGCUACUGCAAAUGAAUUAGAUAGAUAAUGUGAUCUCUAUGUUUUCAGUUAGACUAUUUUAGUUGGAUUGCUAAUUUGGAUGAUCUAUAUAUGAUACAAAAUAAUUUUAUCA